AUGGGAGCAGAAUUUGAACUGAAAGAAUUUGAACAAAAAUUUAUGAGUGUGUGCGAUACAAAUGAACAAAAGUAUCAAACAACAAUUAAUGAUUUAAAAGAAACUAUAAAACAAUUGAGCAUAAAGAUUAACAAAAAUCUAGGUAAAAUUGAACAUAUAAAAACCGAAUUUCAAUGGGAUCAUGAAACAGGUAAAAGUCAUCUUGUGUAUAUAAUCCGUCUAACGACACCACAAUCAAAUGUGUAUUUAUCAUUAAUAAAUAAUAAUACUGAACAGAAAAUACCAUAUUCAUUUCUAGAAGAACAUUGGACACUUGUCUAUAAUAAACCGUUUAAUCAUCCAACAACAGUAGAAGAAUUACGAUCCCUAAUAUCCCAAUGUACGAAAAACAUUAUUGUUGCUGCCGCAGAGAAAGAUCUGAAAGUAUUAACGUUCUCAGCCUAUGGUCCAAAAAAUGUAUUAGAGUUAAAUACAACACAAAAUGAACCAGUUAAAUAUGGAGAUGUUUAUUGGUAUUUAACACCACCAUUUUCAUUUGGCUUUUCACCAACACAAACUAUUAAACAAACUGUCGUUGAUGAACAAGGUGAUAAACGACUAUCAUGGUUUCUUGAUGGUUUUACUGGUGGUUAUCGUGUUGGUAUGAAAAAAAUGUUAAAUGAUAAUCUCAAUUGCCGUAAAAUAAUUUUUACUCUGAGGUCAAAUUAG